AUGUCAAUUCAGGAAUUCAUCGAGUCUGCCUCGGACUCCAGGGUCCUCCAGGCCUUUUUGUUUGCUGCUCUUUUCACGGGUAUCUAUAAAAUCACCAACUUGACGUUGUCUCUUGGUGCUUUGUUAGCUGACAUUUUCGUGUUCCCAGCUACUGACUUUGGUAAGUACGGUGCCAAAAAGGGCAAAUGGGCUGUUAUUACUGGUGCUUCUGAUGGAAUUGGUAAGGAAUACUCUCUCCAGCUUGCUGCUAAGGGCCUCAAUGUUGUGUUGGUUUCUAGAACUGCCAGUAAGUUGCAGACUCUUGCUGAUGAGAUCACCAACAAGUACCGCGUUGAGGCUAAGUUCGUGGCCUUUGACGCUUCGACUGAUGCUCCAAAGAACUACGAGGCUCUCCGUGAAACUCUUUCCGGCUUGCCAGUCACUGUUUUGAUUAACAAUGUUGGUCAGUCCCACUCGAUCCCAGUGCCAUUCUUGGAAACUGAAGAGAAGGAAUUGGUCGAUAUCAUUACCUUGAACAAUACCGUCACUUUGAAGAUCACCCAAAUUGUUGCUCCAAUCAUCACCAACACUGUUGCUGACAAGUCCUCCAGGGGUCUUAUCCUUACCAUGGGUUCUUUCGGUGGUUUGUUGCCUACUCCUUACUUGGCUACCUACUCUGGCUCCAAGGCUUUCUUGCAACAGUGGUCUGCUGCUUUGGCUGGUGAAUUGAAGCCUCAGGGUGUCGAUGUUGAGCUUGUUGUGUCUUACUUGGUGACCUCUGCCAUGUCCAAGAUCAGAAGAGCUAGUGCAACCAUUCCAAAUCCAAAAGCCUUUGUCAAGUCUGCUUUGGGCAGUGUUGGUCGUCGUGGCGGUGCUCAGGAGAGAUUUGCUACUUCUACUCCAUUCUGGACCCACGCUUUGAUGCACUUUGGUAUUGAGAACACUGUUGGUGUCUACUCGAGUCUCGCCAACAAGUUGAACUUCGGAAUGCACAAGAGCAUUCGUACCAGAGCCUUGAAGAAGGCUGCCAGGAACAAGACUGAUUAA